AACGUGACGCACUUGCCGAGAGCACUCGCGAGACCCCCUUCGUUUAGCAUCAACAUUAUCCAUCCGCUACGGUGUCCUUUGCGUCCGUUGGAAAUCGGGAACUCGAUCACACUCUCGACUCGACUCGGCGACUGUCAGUGCAGAUCUCGUUGUGCUUAUCGUGUGUGCGACUGUGGUGCAUUCCCCCGGGACGCAUCCAGAGGAAAGCGAAAGUUAAACAAGUUAAAACUUUCGUCUCGUUUCGCUCUUUUCCUCUUCACACAAAAAAAAAGUAUCCCCAAGUGUGUUGACCAAAUGACGAAACGAAAAGCAGCGGCUAUGUUGCACAACAACAACAACACUAAGGACUCGAUAUCGAUGCCUUUCAACAGUGAGUCAGCGGAGAACAAUGGCACCCCGGCCAACACUUCGAGUGAGGAUGCGUAUGCUGGGCUGAUCAAGGAUGCGGACAAGUUCAAGCUGAUGCUUCUGGCCUGGAACUACCAGAACUCGGCGGCAGGUAAAUCUCAAAAUGGUGCCGAAGGACCGGACCUGGCGACGAUGACGAACCUUUGGCAACAGUACCAGAACGCACUGGCGAUGACGGGAGCAAAGUCAACGUUCAACCAACAACCGGUACCGAUCGCGGAGCGUCAAUCGUCCCCGAUCGAGCAGCAGGAUGAGACGAACUCGUCGGAGCAGAAGGACGAAGAUGACCUGUCGGAGGAUGAUUCGGAGGACCGGCUCGAGGCGUCGGUGAACGAUCCGGAGCGCCUGAAGGCGUUCAACAUGUUCGUGCGGUUGUUUGUGGACGAAAAUCUCGAUCGCAUCAUCCCGAUCUCGAAGCAACCGAAGGAGAAGAUACAGGCCAUCAUCGACUCGUGUACGCGCCAGUUCCCGGAGUUUGCCGAGCGGGCCCGUAAGCGCAUCCGAACGUAUCUCAAGUCCUGCCGGCGAAACAAGAAAACUCGCGAGGGCUGGGAGAACACGGUGAGUCAGGAGGAGGAGGAGGCGGCAGUAGGUGGUGGAGCAGGUGGAAGUGGUGGAGGAGAGGUCAGUGACGACGCGUCCGGAGCCAGAGGGUAUGAUCGGUUUGGUAUGUUUCUAUGCUUCCAGUCCCGCCCAACGCCGGCUCAUUUGACGUCGGUACAGGCGGAACAGAUACUGGCCGUGGCGUGCGAAAACGAGAGUCUCAAUGCCAAGCGCAUGCGGAUAGGCCUCGACCCGAUUAGCCAAACGGUCAGUCAACCGGCGGCGGUAAGUUUUAUGACAUCCGAAUCCCCAUCGACGGUACCGAGUAUGUACCAAAGCAUUAACCGUGAACAGGAGUCCACCUCGGUGUCCACGAUCAAAAGCGAACCCAUGACCAGCGUCCCGAAGGUAUCGCCCGUACCCAGCACCCCAACACCGGACAUGAAUCAGAUGAAACUCAACAUACCGAGUGCCAGUGCGAGCUCGACACCGACCAUUCCCACCACCGUACCGACCAUCUCCAACUUCCAUGACUACAAUACGGGCUUCUCGAACCGCUCCCAGCACUACCAGAACUUUAUGAACUCCGUCAACAGCAGUAGCACGAGCAGUGGUGCGACCACCAACACGACCAUGUCCGCUUCCGGUACAGCAGCUCCAACGGAUCUCUCGAUGAAGCGACCCAUCCUGGCGCACAAGCUGAACAGUGCGGAGAUCACGGCCGUCAAGCAGCUGGUGACGGGGUACCGGGAAUCGGCCGCCUUCCUGAUGCGCAGUGCCGACGAGCUGGAGAACUUGCUGCUCCAGCAGCAGUAAGCGCGAUAGGGCUCCAGAGCUAGUACCAGUCAGUCGUCCACGCGUCUCGACUACGAAUACGAAAUACCUGUAAUAUGUGGUGACCAGCACCAGCGAGGAGUCUCUGUAAUGUGUGUGUUAAUGGGGAGGGGAUAGGAAUUAAGUGUAAAAUUGAAGUGGAUACAAAUUGUAUAAAAAAAAAACCAACAAAAAAUUGCUACCUUUUUUGCGGGAAACCAACGGGAACCGCAACGCAAAAUGUUUUAAACGGACGGAGCGUCUCGCUCUUACUAUUCUGGGAACAUUCUUUCGACAGCUAGACAGCUUCAGGGUGCAGCAGAUAAGAUAAAGGGCGAGGGAACACAGACACACGUACACACAUACACAGGGUGAUAUACAACACGGUGGAACGAGACGAGAGAAGAGAGUGGACAGUAGUAGUGAACCAUAACCAUUACCAGCACCAACCGUUAAAGGUUGGGAAAAUUCUGCGAUUUUCCGAUGCCAAAGCGUUGACAGCAAGUGGACAGGAGGUGGACAGGAGGUGGGUAGUUCCCGGUGAGAGAAAGGUGUAAAGAUGUACCUAACGCUAUCAGAUUUGUUUAAUUGUUUUGCUCUUUUUAAAACAAACCGCGUUCGUUCCGUUUAUCACCAAACUUCACAUUCCGUAUUUUUGCCAGUGAGAGUCUUCUCUUCUUCAUCCUUCCACGUGCUUGGAAGGUACAGUCGUUGCUACGCUGGCAACUCGAAGGCAAAGUCGACGAUAACAAG